AUGAUAUUUGGCCUUAAAUUUAUCAUUAAAUUGAUAAAGUUACUUUAUCGGUAUGCUACCUCUCAAGCAACAAGCAGCAGAAACUCUGUUCUGACAGAUGUAAUUGCUGCUUAUAAAAGAUUCUGUUCUCGACCUCCCAAAGGAUUUGAAAAAUACUUUCCUAAUGGGAAAAAUGGAAAAACUGCAACAGAACCCAAAGAAACUGCGGGAGACAAAAAAGAGACAAAGCCAGCUGCUACCCCACGCUCUUCUGGAGGGGCAGGAGGUGGUGGAGGAAAACGCCGAGGCAAGAAAGAUGAUUCUCACUGGUGGUCCAGGUUCCAGAAGGGUGACUUCCCAUGGGAUGACAAGGAUUUCAGGUUGUAUUUUCUCUGGACUGCUCUGUUUUGGGGUGGAGUCAUGCUCUACAUCAUGUUCAAGAACUCUGGAAGAGAAAUCACUUGGAAGGAUUUUGUCAAUAACUAUCUUUCUAAAGGAGUAGUGGACAGACUGGAAGUUGUCAAUAAACGUUUUGUUCGAGUGACUUUUACACCAGGGAAAUCUCCAGUUGAUGGGCAAUACGUCUGGUUUAACAUUGGCAGUGUAGACACCUUUGAGCGGAAUUUGGAAACUCUGCAGCAAGAACUGGGCAUAGAAGGGGAAAAUCGAGUUCCUGUUAUUUACAUUGCUGAAAGUGAUGGAUCCUUCCUCCUGAGCAUGCUCCCGACGGUGCUCAUCAUCGCUUUCCUACUCUACACCUUAAGAAGAGGACCUGCCGGCAUUGGUCGAACUGGCCGAGGGAUGGGUGGACUCUUCAGUGUUGGGGAAACUACAGCCAAGGUCUUAAAAGAUGAGGUAGAUGUGAAGUUCAAAGAUGUGGCAGGCUGUGAGGAGGCCAAGCUAGAAAUCAUGGAAUUUGUGAAUUUCUUGAAAAACCCCAAGCAGUAUCAAGACCUUGGAGCAAAAAUCCCAAAGGGUGCCAUUCUUACUGGUCCUCCAGGCACUGGGAAGACACUGCUAGCUAAGGCCACAGCUGGAGAAGCCAAUGUCCCCUUCAUCACUGUUAGUGGAUCUGAGUUUUUGGAGAUGUUUGUUGGUGUGGGUCCAGCUAGAGUCCGAGACUUAUUUGCCCUUGCUCGGAAAAAUGCCCCUUGCAUUCUCUUCAUUGAUGAGAUUGAUGCUGUGGGAAGGAAGAGAGGACGAGGCAACUUCGGAGGGCAGAGCGAGCAGGAGAACACACUCAAUCAGCUACUUGUGGAGAUGGAUGGUUUUAAUACUACAACAAAUGUGGUCAUUUUGGCUGGUACCAAUCGGCCUGACAUCCUGGAUCCAGCACUGAUGAGGCCAGGCCGCUUUGACAGGCAGAUCUUUAUUGGACCACCAGAUAUAAAAGGAAGAGCCUCUAUUUUCAAAGUUCACCUUCGGCCACUGAAACUGGACAAUACCCUGGAAAAGGAGAAACUGGCCCGAAAGCUGGCAUCCUUAACCCCAGGGUUUUCAGGAGCUGAUGUUGCCAAUGUCUGCAAUGAAGCUGCUUUGAUUGCUGCAAGACACCUCUCAGAUUCUAUAAAUGAAAAGCACUUUGAGCAAGCAAUUGAACGAGUGAUCGGUGGCUUGGAGAAGAAAACCCAAGUUCUGCAGCCUGAGGAGAAAAAGACAGUGGCAUACCAUGAAGCAGGUCAUGCAGUUGCCGGCUGGUACCUGGAACAUGCAGACCCCCUCUUAAAGGUAUCCAUCAUCCCACGAGGCAAAGGAUUGGGUUAUGCUCAGUAUUUGCCAAAGGAGCAGUACUUAUAUACUAAGGAGCAGCUCCUGGACAGGAUGUGCAUGACUCUGGGUGGCCGGGUCUCUGAGGAGAUCUUCUUUGGAAGAAUAACAACUGGCGCUCAAGACGACUUGAGGAAGGUCACACAGAGUGCAUAUGCCCAGAUUGUGCAGUUUGGCAUGAAUGAAAAGGUUGGACAGAUCUCCUUUGAUCUGCCACGUCAGGGGGACAUGGUAUUAGAGAAGCCUUACAGCGAAGCUACCGCCAGACUCAUAGAUGAUGAAGUACGCAUACUCAUUAGUGAAGCUUAUAAAAGAACAGUGGCACUCCUCACAGAAAAGAAAGCUGAUGUGGAGAAGGUUGCUCUUCUAUUGUUAGAAAAAGAAGUAUUAGAUAAGAAUGAUAUGGUAGAACUCCUGGGCCCUAGACCAUUUGCAGAGAAAUCUACCUAUGAAGAAUUUGUGGAAGGCACUGGCAGCCUUGAUGAGGACACUUCUCUACCAGAGGGCCUGAAGGACUGGAACAAAGAACGUGAGAAGGAGAAAGAGGAGCCCCCCAGUGAGGAGAAAGUCGGGGAGAAAGUCCCCAUCCAGAUCCAAGGAUGGAGGCCUUUUUAGUCUGGUCUCCUGUGGUUUUGAUUUGCUCAUUGUUUCAGCUCUGGCUUUCAAAAGAAUGGCAGCCCUGCCAGCCACUGACCCAGGGUACUGGGAAUGGAGGCCUCCACCUCAGAUGUCAGCAGGGGUGGUGGGUAGCUUCCAGAGCCUCAGGGAGACUCCCCCAUCCCUGGCCUGUCUGGCCAGUCACCUGGCAAUGCCCACCUAGGCCAGUCUGUGGUGCCAUCUGUGAGCUUGAGUAGAUGGACAGACACACAGUGGGGAUGGUUCCUCUGAAGUCUUGAUGAUGGGGAAGAAGGGUGUUUUCUCUUCUCACCCCUCUCCAUUCCUGUUUCUCUCAUUUCUCCCUGCAAAUGUGCUGUGAAAUUAAAUUGAAAUACUUACAAGAAUAUUUUGAUUUGACCUAAUAUUUUAAAGAUUGAACCCAGAUCACUUGUUGCUGUUUUAAUGGGAUUGUUUUCUAUAGAGAACUGUAACAUAUUUAAAAAAUAUGAAUGUAUUCUGUAAAUAUGGCUCUUUACAACAGAAAUAAAGGUAAACCCUGUACUUUUUCCUGAAUA